UUUGUUUUGAGAUUAUUAUUAAAAGUCUUUCAAAAAGUCUUUCUAUACUUACUUUAAUUACUUUAAAAGUAAUACAAAACUUCAUUCAAUUACAAUGAAUCGCAGUAACGAAGUCAAAUUCACCCAGCUCUUCAUUAACAACGAAUUCGUGAAUUCGUUGAGUGGGAAGACCUAUGAGACCAAAAACCCGGCAAACAAUGAGACCAUCGCCAGAGUCCACGAGGCAGACAAAACCGACGUCGACCGAGCCGUGAAUGCCUGCAAACAGGCUCUUAAGAGGCACUCCCAGUGGCGUACAGUCGACGCGUCGGAAAGAGGUCGCACUCUACACCGAUUGGCCUACUUGUUGGAAAAGGACAUGGACUACAUCACCUCAUUGGAGACCCUGAACACAGGAAAACCAUUGAAAGAGACCCGAAAGGAGGUGCAGUGGGCGUGCGAUCUGUUGCACUAUUACGCCGGCUAUGCCGACAAGAUUCACGGCAACACCAUUCCCGCCGACGGAAAAGUAGUCGCCAUCACUCGGCACGAGCCCAUCGGUAUUUGCGGUCUUUUACUUCCG